UUGCAAGAACGACUUUACGCGCACUCCUCCUCUGGAACUUGAAGGAUACAGACGCGCCAAUGGAUUUCUUCAACUUUCGGCUAUUCUUGCUCUUAGCGUCAGCACUUGGGUGCUGCUCAGCAGAUAUUCUAAAAGCCGACAAGGUGAAAGGUGUGUUGGGAAAGAAUGUAAAGUUCAACACAACCUUAGAUGGCUCGCAGUUAUACAUUACACUCAGCUGGAAUUUCGGAACCGAAAAUAUCGUGACGGCCACGAAAGAUACAGAAAAAAUUGCCGAUGCCUACAAGAGUCGAGUUAACCUGAACAAGACCACCGGCAUGCUGGAACUUGGACCGCUCACGGCCGAAGACAGCGGGAUGUACACACUGAAUAUUGUCACUCCAGAAGUGAAGACAUUAACAGGAGACACGACUCUUGAAGUAUUGGAGCCGGUCUCCGAAGUGAAGAUCGCCUCCGACCCCCCGACGGAGGCGGUGGAGACCAACAGCUCGGUGGUGCUCACCUGCACAGCCAAGGGCUCCUUCCUGAAGUACACCUGGCUCAACGGCACCACGCCCGUGGUGGCCGACGGCAAGCGGCUGGUGCUGAACGACGCCGGCAACAUCCUGAGCGUGAAGGAUGUCCAGCGCUGGGACCUGCAGGGCCCCAUCUACUGCAACGCCGGCAACGACCUGGAGGAGGAGAAGAGCGCUGCCUUCAAGAUGGCCGUCAGCUAUGGCCCUGAAAACGUGGUCGUCGUGCAGACGCCGGCGAGCCCUAUCCUUGCCAAGGGGGUCAAGGUGACCCUGGCCUGCUCGUCCAUGUCCAGCCCGAAUGCCACCUACCAGUGGAUGCUCAAUGGGGCGCCCAUGACGGACACCACCGCCUCCCUCGCCUUAGAAAAGGUCGACGAGAAGAGCAGCGGCAACUACACCUGCGUGGCCUUCAACGCCAAGACCAAGCGCUACACCGCCUCCAACACCGCCUCGUUUACCGUCAUAGAGCCCAUUAAGGAAGCCACUCUCACCAGAGUGGGUGCUGCCACGCCCCUCAUCGCCAAGAACAGCUCCAUCGAGCUCACCUGCAAAGCGGCGGCCGGCACGGUCGCAUCCACAAAGUGGACAAAGAACGGCGUCGAUCUGGUCGUCAGCGAGCGGGUGGUCCUCUCCAAAUUGAUGGACAAGCUGACCAUCUCCAUGGUGAUGAGGGAGGAUGCCGGCGUGUACAGGUGUCUGCUGAAGAACGCAGUCAACUCCCAGGAGGGGAACUUCACGAUCGUGGUGAACUAUGGUCCAGAAAAGAUGAAAGUGGACGGACUGGCGGCGGUGGAGGUCACGGACAGUGUGGAGCUGAAGUGCACGGCGGAGUCUUAUCCCGCGGCCUCCUACGCCUGGAAGCUCAACGACACCGCGCUGCCGACCACCACGUCGACGCACUCCAUCCCGACCCCGAGGUUCCGCGACUCAGGAACCUACACCUGCACCGCCCGCAACUCGCUCACCAAUCUCACCGCCUCCGCCACACACAUGCUCUCUGUCAAAGAGGACGGAGCACUGGAUGAAGGCUUAUCAGGUGGUGCUAUAGCUGGCAUCAUCAUCGGUGUGCUGAUCGCUCUGGCCAUCGUGAUCGGUGUGGUCAUGCACAUGAGAAAGAAAAAAGAUAUCCCAUCGCCGUACUAAGCACGCCAUCAACUAAGGGAGAGGGAGGAGUGAGGGGAACCGGGUCUGCAGAACACCCCGAAAACCAAGACGUCUUCAUCUCUUUUCCACGGAAGACCCCACAGGGCAGCUUCAAGAACUCGCUCGUUGGGGUCAUAUAUCUCCGGUUCCCCCUGAUUCCCAUCCCACUUGUCCCAACCACCCGUCCCGCACCCCUGGGGGUGGACUGCUCUUUCGCAUCGCCAGAAGAAAACGGCUGUCCUCUCACUCACACACCUGGUUUCCACCCCUCCACCGGCCUCGCUGGAGUCACCCAUCCCCUCUUCUCCCCACCCCCACCACACCCCACCCUGCUCGGAACCUGACCCCAGAACCAGACCUUCUCUUUGGACAAAAAAACAAACCAACCAACCACCCUUGAGGAGUUAAGAGAUUCUGGGACUUGAAGACUGAAUUAGAUGGGGUGGAGGCGUGGUGGUCUUGACCAGGACUCUUCUCCUUAUCUGUGGGUUUCUGCUCCAUCUCAUAACCCCCCCCCCUCCUCCAACCGACUCCUCUCCCUAUUGUGUCCUACUACCCCUACCCCCUUUUCAACUAUACUAAUGUGGACCACUCCCUAUUGUCCAUCAACAGAAACCCUAAACCCUCUUGUUGCCCCCAACCCCCUCAAAAAAAAUCCUGGAUUGUCAUCCCUAUUUGCUUUUUUCUCUUCUUUUCUUUUUUUGGAAAGGAGGACAACUCCUGAGGUAAACGAAACUUGGUCUGGAAUUAACCUGAAGGCCUAAGCCUCCAAAGGUUGACGCCCCUUUGGGAGCUGAGCGCAUUCCUGUUGCAGCCAUGGCCUUCAGGGACUACUGAAGCCAAUAAAGGAGACCAGAUAGACCAGAGUCUCCAGAAAGUGAAAUGGUUUUUUUUAUUUUUUUUUUAAAGGUGUUAAAAAGCUGGUUUUGAAAAGUUCAUGUGUUAAAUGCAAAGAAUUAAGCUGUCCUGAGGCAGAUGUAGCCCGCCCCCAACUUUUCUAUGAACCAGUUUCAGUUUAGGUUGGCUUGGAGCUUGGAGCUACAGCAUGAGGGCUCUGUCACCCACUGCUUGCCCUUGGUGGGGCUUUUAAGCCUCUGUGUCUGUGAAGCAUGGCCAUUGUUUUGUGGUGCUGUAGAAAGAAAAAAUGGAGUUGAAAUUAAACUAGAAAGGCUUCACUCGCUCCUGUAAUAUCUCCCCCUGGUCUCCAAGGAAUGUGUUUUGUGUUUAUUUGUUUGUUUGUUUGUUUGUUUGUUUGUUUGUUUGUUUGUUUUCUGGACAUCCUAAUGUUGGCCAAUGAGGCAGAGUGGAGAAUCUUGGAGAAAGACCAACAUGUCACAGCAAGCCAUUAGAGAGACAGAGAGAGAGAGAGAGAGAGAGAGAGAGAGAGAGAGAGAGAGAGUGUGUGUGUGUGUGUGUCCUGGGUGGGGGUGGGUCAGUUCUACAGACAGGGAGAGGGUGGGCUACAGGUUUUUCAAAGAAGAUGAAGGUGAGAGAUGUUUUGCUGUAGAAUGGCAUUCCUUUUGGAGUUUUUGGAGGGAAACGUUAAAUGCUUUUCUUAGGCGUUCCCUCUCCCGAUUUGUUAUGCUCGUACCAUCUCUGUGAAUCACUUUUGACAUUGGAUGGCAGGAGACCAUACAUUUUACUAACAUUUAAAAUCCACUGGAGUGUGUUUGAAGCUUGAAAGCUUAAACAUAAGAAAAUUAGAGACCACUUCUAAAAAAUCAUGACCAAAUAUUUGUACUUAAAAAAAAAAAAGAAUACUGAUAUAAUGAUUUUUUUUUUUUUUUAACUCAUUUUAACGCCCCUUCUGGUGUCACCCCAGACUGAAAUAGUCUCGUUUGUGGAGGCCCCAAGAUUUAUUAGGUUGCGAUGAAUCAAAGUCAGACGGCACUCACAUAGGGCAUUCCAGGGUACGUGCCCUAACAUAAACACCUACCCACAGAAUGAGUAGAUACGUGGGAAGAAGAGGGCUGCGCAUGUAAACUCAAAGCUUUGCUGUCCUUUGGAGGUCAACGUGUUUAUUGUGGUCAGGUUAAGCACAUAAAAAAAGAUCUGUUAUGACAACUGAGUUUCAGUUGUGAGAGAUUACUGAGUUCCUAUUCGCUGUAUGUGUGAGUGUACACACCAUGAGCAAUUCAACAGAAGUAUUUGUGUAUGACUUUGUGAUUUGCUGAUUGGGAAUUGGUUAAUAGAAAUUAUAGAAAUUUUGUCCUGGAAAUGAACUGACUUUAGUUUUUCUGUUGAGUGUAAAGAAGCAAAGAAGAAUUCAUUAACAGAAGUCAUUUUGAUUCAGAUGUUUUGGUAAAGAUGUUCCAGUCUCCCACUCCUACAGAGAUCUUUAUCGAUACGUCACUGAAAUGUUGUUAUAAUAAGUGUAUUUGUCUGUGCUUGAGACAUGGAGUCAGUAUUUUUUCACAACAGAUAACAUUUUUCACAAUUUCUUUAAUUCGUGUCAGCCAUGUCUUCAUAAAAGUGCCCUAAAUUACAUAAUAUACCAUAUGUAAAUAUGACAAAUGUAUCCGUUUUGUUAAUGUUUUUCUUUCCUUUUUUGUAAAUUGUUUGGGAUCUCUUUUAAAUUGUAUUAAUUCUGUUAGUUAGGAUUAUUCUCAGGUUGUUUACAGUAUGGGUGUGAUAUUUCUUUAAAUUAACAAGACCUGCUCCUGUUGUUGUUCUCUUGCUAACCAGAUGACUCUGCCUCAGUAAUGUUUGUGUAGUUUAUUUUUUAUUUCUUUUUGUUUUCUUUAGUUUGGUAUGUUUUGUUUUAUUGUGGCUUAGGAGUCAUGCUUGUUUAACUAUUUAUUCGCAUCCAUUGUUCUCCUUUGUAACCCAAGCCACGGAGUCCAUCAAAUUUGCCCCUCCCUCUCUUUACGUUUGUAAUUGGCUAACUUAUUUGGAGGCAGACGGUGUUAGUUAUUUUUUAAAUUUUCCCGCAUUGAAUUCCCAAGGUUGCCACGCCUCUUUUUUCUCACACUGAAGGAAGCGGUUGCCGUUAUUGAAAAGAACUCUCAUGAGACCAUAAACAUACAGAAAGGGCUUAGGGCAACGUGUGUGUGUGUGUGUAUGUGUGUGUGUGUGUGUGUGUGUGUGUGUAUGUGUGUGUGUGUGUGUGUGUGUGUGUGUGUGUGUGACAGAGAGAGAGAGAGAUAGAGAGAGAGAGAGAUAGUCCCUGUGUUUGAGUACAGAUCAGGGGCCCUGUACCUUGUAAAAAGUGACACCAUUCUGCACUUAUUUUCAGACUGUAUGUCACAGCUCUCUGUUGAGAGACAACCGUGCAGGAGUGCCCUCUAACUAUGGUGUUUGUGAAGACCCGGAGUCACCUCACCUUUGUCCUGUUGGAGCUUCUCUAGUGUCGGUGGGGCUUUCCCCCCUAACUUUCAUGCCCUGGAGUGGCUAACAUCCUCUAGUAGCCACUCCCUAUAGAGAAGGAUUUCAGUUACAGAGGGAGGCAGCCAUAGCUUGACCCUGAUUCAUGAAAGUAAGAAAACGAGUCAGGUGAACAGUCUGAAUCUCAUUGUAAACGCCCUCAUAGCAAACUGAUGAAUGUCCAACACACCCCAGAGAAAACUGAAUGUGUAAUCGGUUUGUUUUUGUUUGGUCUCCUUCUUGCUCGCUCUGCUGACUCUGUGUAAGCGUUUCCUACGGCAACAAGAGAUCAUCCAUAUCUUAGACCUCAUCGGGAUGUGGCAAGAUCAGAGUAACCUGCAGUAUGUUAUUGUUUGAUUGGAAGACUAAUUUUACAUGCAUGUAAACACAUUGAGUUACUGAUGCCUUUUUAACACAAUCAGAUGAAUCAUUUGAACUUCCCUUGAGCUAAUUGUUUUGAUGGUGUUGAGGAAGUUGUUCCAGUGAGUGUUCUGACAACAGCACGACUGUUAAAUGCUGUACUUGAAUGUAAGCAUAAUUUGAAUAAAUGAAUAUUUCUGAAA